GUGCCACGUUAGUUAAAAAUGAACGCAUACAAGGUUACAUCGUGAUCGAACACGGUAAAUUUAUUAAUUCGCGUAGAAUAUUUCUACAUGGAAAAAAGAAUCUACGCACUCUACAAUAUCUGUUCGUUACGAGGAACGUGAGGGAAGAGGUGCAUUUAUUCGCGAAAGAUUUGUUGAACGCCGGCUAUCGGGACGUGGCAUUUCUGAUGUUCGAUGACACGGCCACAGGUACGAUUAUUCGUGCAAGCGCAACGGAAGACGAGAUUACAUCGAGAUCCGUAGGAUCCUGUACGUCGGUCACGAACGAUGUGGAUCGGAUUCCGGCAUUCGCUGUGGAUUCUCGUCGAUUUUGCCCGCUCGGUGGCUGCACCAUGAAAUACGCGAUCGUCACGGAUGCGACAGUGAGCUUCUGGCGCAGAGAGGACACGCUCAAACUGAAACGUAACGAAACACUGCAAGCAGUAGGCGCUCUCCUCAUCGAAGACUUCGGGAAGUACUACAACCUGACCGUCGACUCCAGCACAGAAGUAAACAUAUCUUGGCCCGAUGUCUUCGAAAAGCUCAUGAACCGUGACAUAGAUAUGAUAGCAGGGCCGAAACCCGAAGAUCUACAAAUCUUAGACAACGUCGAAGUCAUCUGCUGGUAUAUGUUCCGUGAUAUGGUGCUUGCCAGUUUGGUUCGCAUUAGAACUAUCGAAAACGACAUUUUAAAGCUAGUAAUGCCGUUUCAUUAUUUCGUUUGGAUCAGCGUGUUCCUUGUAUUCAUUGUUUAUAUUCUUCUAUUGAUCGUGCUGAAAAAAUUAUCGAGCAUGGGUUUGAUCAAAGAACAGGUGAAAUUUGCACAUGUUUGGGCGAUCUCGUUGUCUCAAAGCAUCACGUUGCCAAGAAACCUUGGUUUGCGGCUGGUGCUGCUUUUGUGGAUGAUCUUCUCCCUUUAUUUGAGCAUCACUUAUAACAGCACGUUUACCAGCUCGCUGGCUCAAGUCGACACCGAGGAUCUGCUGCAGAAUCUCGAGCAAGUACGUGACUCUGGUCAACCACUCAGCGGACCAGGCGUCGUACGCUCCUAUUUCAACAAUUCCGAUGAUCAGUUCAUCAUAGAUUUGUAUAAAAGGUAAUCUUACCGAUCACGGUAAAUUUCCAAUUCCUCUCUCUAUUUCGUUCUAGUCAAUUCUCGUGGAAGCUCUUCGAUUCGAAGUGCGUUUCAACUGGAUUCCUCUUUUAUUGCAUGUCUGGUACAGCGAAUACUGGGAAUUGGAUGAUGGAUACUACUCGUGAAACGAGAUUCUCGGCUCUACAACUGAUUUAUUGUCGCGUAAAAGACUUUUGAGAGUUUCAUUCAUUUAUCGAGCGAAUUUUGCAAUUUCCGAUAUCGCUUGUCUUGGUCUUAUUUGAUUCCUUUAGUAGGUGAAUAUAUCUUUUUUAUAUUUUGUAGACGAAAUUGAUUGAAGAGUUAUGUAAGUGCAAGAUUUUAUUGUUUUAAGUUGUUCUAAGCUUUCGGAAAAUUUAAAAAAUUUUUAGGAUAUUACCAAUGUUU